AUGCAUCUCCCCAAGCAGCACCAGCGUCCUGGCGUCAAUGGAAACACGUCUGGCAAUCAAGCCGUGUUUCGUACCUCCGGCCAUGGGUUUUCCAAGCUGAACCUGUCGAGGGCGUCCAUGCCCGACGACCUCGAGAUUCUCAUCGAUCGCGAGAAUAACAGGACCUCCAUCACGCUCACCUACCAACAUGGGCCCAACGGCGAGUUACCCAUCUCGCUCCCUGCCACCGAGUCCACGCGCAGCCGCCCCACCGUGCCUAUCCCGCGCAACAUGAGCUCGGUCAACGACGCUGCCGCGCCCUCCAACCUCGCCCGCCAGGCCGAUCUCAGCGGGUCCCCGUGCACCCGCGGGUGCGGCGAACGCGUCAAUACUGGAUCCCAGUGCGGAGGGACGCGGCCGCAGAUUCCCCUUCCACGUCUCAGCACUCUGUUCCCUGACGGCAUCCCGCGUCGCGUCGGCCAAGAGGCUGCGGGGAGCGCGAGCGCGUCUCCGGUCAGGCCUGCCAGCUCGCAGGCUGCGUCUGCGCUCGUCAGUGCACCGAGCCCGACGUCUGCGUCGCCGCCCGGCACUAUCAAGAAACCCGGCGCGGUCAAGGCUGAAAAGACCCUCCCGAAGCGCAAGAAAGCACAGAAGAGGCUGUUCCCGAACAAGCACAGUUUCAAGAUCCGGAACACGAAGAAGUUCACGACGUUCUACGGCCCGACUGCGGCGACGCGCGCGCUCACGGCGCCGCCCGACUUCCUCAGGCCCUCGCGCGCGUUCCUGUACGUGCACCUGUACGACGGCGGCGCGAGGGGCGAGCAGAAGCAGAUCUGGAUGUACGUGGGCCCGCGGCGCACUGGGUUCUUCGCGCGCGGGGAGGCGGGGGAGGAUGGGGAGGAGGAGGAGGGGUGGCGGAUCGUGCAUCCUGGGUGCGAGCACCCGGACUUGCCGGGGUACGUGUUGCACGUGCGCAACGACGGCAACCCAAGCUGGAUCACGGCGGCGUCGGCGCAGAAGAUUGCGAGCGAGAAGAGGAAACAGGAGCGCAUGGAUAGGCGCAUCUGAGCGGUCGAACAUAACACCGGCAUCGCGCUGCAGCGAAGGCCGCGUCUUGCUCUCUAUAUAGCUCGUUCCCAGCUUCCUCACUUACUAUGCUACCCUCUCCACGUUCGUUUAUGCUACUCUCUCCACGCUCGUUUAUGCCUUCCUCUCCACGUUCGUUAUAUGCUCGCAAUAUGCGACUGCUUGUAUGCACACUCCUUCACGAAUAUGAUCUAUGCAAAUAUGCC